AUGAACCCCCGGUCGAGCAGGCUCCUUUUACAGGGGUCCAUUUUCUGCGCCUGCGCAGUGUUCUUCGCCUGGAAGGCUAGACACACACCCCUUUUUCGAACAGUAACAAAUAUCGUAAGAAGAUGUCUCCGGUUGAAAUGUCAAAACGAAAUUGAUACAAACGAACAAAUUAGGAACAACGUGAAGAUCUACUUUGGUAGCCAGGGAGGAACGGCGGAACAGUUUUCUAAAGAACUAAGCGCAAACCUAAGAGACAUUUUCAAUAUAAAAGCAGAGGUAAUCGACUUGGAAUAUUUCAGCAAGGAAGAAAUAUCAACAUUUGGAGUGCGCAUAUUCAUAGUAGCUACUUAUGGAGAUGGAGAACCCACAGACAAUGCAUGUGCAUUUUUUAAAUGGCUGAAAAUGUUGAAUGACGACAAUGAAUAUUUUAGAAACACCAUAUAUUCUAUUAUGGGAUUAGGAAGCAAACAAUAUAAGCACUUUAACAAGGUUGCAAAAAAGCUUGCUAACUAUCUCACCAAAUUUAAGGCAAAACAGAUUAGCGAAAAUGUGUUUGGGGACGAUGAUGAUAAUAUAUACCAGGACUUUGAAAUUUGGAAAAGGGAAUUUUUUAAAGAACUUAUUAAAGUGCUACAUAUGAAGGAGGAUAUUAUUCCAGUACAAUUUUUUUCAGAAAAUGUAGUCGAGUUGGUGGACUGGACAACCCUUCCAGAGAUAAAUCUGCGCAUUCGGUAUGUAGAGGAAGUGACAACAGUGGGAGGGGACACUGAAGCGUGCCAUGUAGCGGAGGCUGCGUUACCACAUGAGGUGCAAAAUGUAGAACAUGGUGAAAAUGAAAAAAUAAUUUUACCUCACCAAACGACGGACAUAACGGGUAAGUUCUACUUUAAUCAUCACACGGGAAGGGUCAUAUCGAAUGAGAACCUGUUGAAAAAUGUGAACAACACUUCUGAUGAUGAUAAGGUUAAUCAUAUAGUUAUCGCCGUGGAGAAGGUCUCCUUCAAAGCAGCAGACACUUUUGUUGUGUUAGCGAAAAACCCAGAGCAUGUCAUCUCCUGGUGGUUGAAGCGGUUAAACAUAGACGAUACAGAUAGGAAAAAGAGAUUCACCUUUGUGCCUAGCAACACAACCGACAAUUCCUCCGCAGAAAUUCCCCAGAGCAGUUCGAAUUUGAAUACCUCACAAAGCAAUUCUCUUCAGGAUAACACCCCUGUAUGUGUUCCUUUCCCCACGCCAUGCACCGUGGAAGACGCACUAGCAUACUACUGCGACUUGACGACUAUUCCGAGGGUAAACAUUUUAAAAAACUUCAAGUGCUUCAUUAAAGAUGUGGAAGAACUCAAAAUGUUUAAUUAUAUCCUUUCCAAUAAGCAGAGAAGUACAUGCUUAAACAUUUGCAAAGAGUCAGAUAUGACUUUGAUUGAAUUUGUCGACAUAUUUAUGCCCAAAGCUGAGUUCGAGUUAACCCCAUUUUUGCAACUAAUUCCAAGAAAUGUGCCCAAAAGUUACACCAUUUCUUCAUCUCCCAAGGAAGCCGAAGACACAAUCUCUUUAACCGUUAAAAAGAAACAAUACCCUAUUCAUUCCCUUCGGAAGGCUCUGAAAGGGUUUAAAAAUAAUGAUAUGCUUCCUCCCAUAAGUGAGCAGAAGUUACGUGAACUUUGCAGCAGGCGAUGGUUUAAAGGUUCGUCCUCCUUCUACCUAACGGAGGAAUUAGCCCCACAUGAUAACGUAAAAUUUAAUUUAAAAUCUUCCAAAUUCUGUUUGCCUCCCUAUUUGGAAUCGACCAAUAUUAUCAUGAUCGCCACUGGAACGGGAAUUGCCCCCUUCAAGGCGUUCAUAAAGGAAUUUAAGCAUUUCGACCAAACGUGUGUGCAAAAUGGAGUAAUCAAGAAGGCCAAGAGAAUCCUCUUCUUCGGAUGCAGAAAGAGAGAAAUAGACUUCCUCUACGAAAAGGAAAUUGCGGAAGCUGAGGAGGGGAAACAUAUCGAUCAAGUAUUCCUUGCUUUCUCAAGAGAUCAACAUGAAAAAGUUUAUGUGCAGGAUUUAAUUUUGGACAAGAAGGACCUUGUCUGGAGUUUGAUACAAAAGGGGGCCUAUAUCUAUGUUUGUGGCAAUAGCAACAUGAGCAAAGAUGUGAACAAAACGAUUAACAGCUUGCCAAUGCAUUACAAACAAGACAAUAAGAAAUUUACCAAAAUUUUGAAGAAGGCCGGACGGUAUGUUGAAGAAAUGUGGUGA